AUGUGGAAACUUUCAAUGGAUUUAAUAACAGCAUUUGAAAUACAAAAUCCUAAAGAUCAUUAUUUAUUUUCUACUGCUCAAGAAUUAACAGAACAAGGAUAUCAACGACUUUUUAAUCUUUAUAAUAAUGGAAUUCAAAGAACACGAGCUAUUUUACGUCAAGAUGUUUAUGGUCUUGAAGAUCGAAUUACUAUUGGACGACGCAAACGGGAAAUUAUAAGAUAUAAAAAUAGUGAUCUUAAUAUUAAGAAAAAAAGAAAAAGUGAAGAUACAAAAAGCAAAGAUAAAAUACAAACUGAAUAUCAACCAAAACGUCAAAAAAUAACAGAAACUUUAUCAAAAACAUUAAAAAAGAUUCGACGACAAACUACAACUAAGGAAAAAGAAAUUUUGAAUCAAUUUUUAUUAUAUUCUCAAUUAAAUGAUCAAAUUAUCAAUGACAUUCAGGAAAAAAUCCCCACUUGGGACAAAAAACGACUUAGAAAUUAUUAUUAUAAUAAUCGAAAUAAGAAAUAA